AUGCAUUCGGUAUGCGAUGCGGUAAUGUCCACAAAGGAGGAGGCCAAGAGGCGAGAGGGUUUUAAGAUAGCGCUCGUACAACUGUCUGUUGGUCCGGACAAAGCAAAAAAUGUUGCUGCAGCUGUCAGUGAGAUACACAAAGCUAAAGAGAAAGGAGCUCAUGUGGUAGCUCUGCCAGAAUGUUUCAACUCUCCAUAUGGAACUAAAUAUUUCAAUGAGUACGCGGAAGAGGUUCCAUCUGGGGCCACGAGCCGAGCGUUGUCACGAGCGGCAGCGGAAGCGGGCGUGUGUGUUGUUGGAGGGACCGUGCCUGAGAGGUGUGGAGAUAAACUGUAUAACACAUGUACUGUGUGGGACGAUAGCGGGAAGUUACUGGCCCAAUAUAGAAAGAUGCAUCUCUUCGAUAUAGAUAUUCCGAACAAGAUAACGUUCAAGGAAUCUGAAGUAUUGAGCGCCGGUGACCACGUGAGUACGUUCGACUACCGCGGCGUUAGGUUCGGCAUCGGCAUAUGUUACGACAUACGCUUCCCUGAACUCGCGCAUCUGAUGGCCCAACAAGGUUGUUCGAUGUUGUUAUACCCGGGCGCAUUCAAUAUGACGACCGGUCCAAAACACUGGGAGCUACUAGGUCGUGCUCGAGCUAACGACUGUCAGCUAUGGGUGGGUCUAGUUAGCCCGGCCAGAGAUACAGACGCGGGCUACGUCGCUUGGGGUCACACCACACUAAUUGACCCCUGGGGACAGGUCAAAGGUCAACUGGACGAAAAACCCGGGGUCAUUGUCGAGGACAUCGAUCUGAAGGUAGUUGAAGAAGUCAGGAGUCAAAUACCAAUUAGAAUACAAAGAAGAACCGACGUAUAUGACACAGUAUCCAAAAACAAAUGA